AUGCAGUGGUGGAGCGACUUCAUGGCGUGGCUCAUGCAGUUUGAGUCUUUGGCCGUUUGCUUCCUCCUGGGCAUGUAUGUCAUGCACCUCACCUACAACCUGAAAAUCUACAAUGACGAUCUGAGUUACCCUGCGUUGUGGUACCAUCUCGGCUUCCUGGUGCCGCUCCUGUUCUCGUUGGUUGUCUUGUUUCCCUUGGGCUUGGUGGAGCUGACUACUGUCCAGGCCUUCUCCGCGCCCGACCAAGAGGUGCUCCACACGAUCAUAUCCGAGGUCAGGCAGGCGCACACGGACCUCGUCUUCAUCCAGCACCAGGUCACCGGUCUGGGAUCUUCCAGCACGGAGACGUCGGAGGGCAGGGCGAAGGCGUUGUUGCUCCAUGCCAACGGCGGCGACGAUACCGUGAAGAGGAUGGACCUGAUGGGCCUCUUGGUCUCGAUCGACGUUCAUCUGACAAAGGAGCGCGCCCUGGGCGUCUUUGACCUCGUGGACCAGGAGCACGAGGCUGGCGUCACACGCAGCAAGUCUCUGGUUCUGAAGGUGAAGAACUGCCUCGAGGACGCGAUAGACAUCCAGGUCCCCAUCGACGAUCUGCUGGACAGCGCCCGCAAGGCUAAGAUGGACAUCAAGUAG